AUGAAUUUCAAAGAGUCAGCAGAAUCGUUGAAACCGCUUACGGACGAGGAGAAGCGAGCGCAGAUGCGAAGGCUUGAGGAAGCAAUGCUUCAAAGAAAGAAGAAGAGAGAAGAGGAAGACCGGCAAAAAUGCCUUAGUGAGGAGAAAAAUCGUCGUCUACAAGGGAAGGCUACCCAGAGCGCGAAGGCGUUGUUUAGGGAGGAACUGAUGCGAAGAGAAGCUGAGCAGCUAAAAAAGGAUAGAGCUGAAGAUAAGGCCUACAGAGAUAAACUUCUUGCGGACGUCGCAGCAGAGAGAGCUGAAAGGGCCGCUAAACAAAAGGGUAUAGUUUCCAAAACAGCCUUCACCACAGUGCCUUCCUUGAGUGGAGCCACGUCACUCGAUCCCGCCGAAUGUCGACUACAGAUCCGCACUCCCAUAGGAGAACCAUUGAGGGGAACUUUUAAAUCUUCCGAAAGCUUGGGGGCUGUGGUCCUUUACGUCAGUCAAAAUUGGCCGAUGGAUCCAGACGGAACCAUGCGUAUGAGCAUUGACAGUCAAGAGAUUACGCUUCAGACGACCUUUCCCAAUCGGAAAUUUGGCAAGGACGACGUCUCUAAGAGUCUGGAUGAGUUGGGUUUGUGCCCCACGGCGGUUCUCAUGGCUAGACGAAAUGUUCCAAUUUAA